AUGUCAGAUAGUUUAUAUUUGAUAGAAAUUCUUAUACAAGAAGUUGUAUGCGACAAUGAAGAAAUUGAUAAGUCAAAUGUAUGCGUUGACGUCGAACUAGGACAAAUAGCUAAUUUUUCAAUACAAUUAAAAGAAAAGCCUGAUAUAUUUAACAUGACUCUGGUCAAUCCUGGCAAAUCAUACUUAUUUCCUGCUUCACCUUAUGUACUCAAACAUCAGUUACCGCAAUCGAAGAUUUCCUUCACCAUCAAACGACCGUUUAAUAAUAAGGAUAUAAAUAAGACUAAUGUAUUUCAAAUAUUAGGAUCAACAUCGAUGGAUUGGCCAAUUUCAUUUCGAAAGUUAGCCGAAUAUUCCGAAAAAUUUAAUAAUCUACCACCAGAGACUGUAAAUGAAAAAUUAAUUUAUGAAGAUGAAGGGUAUGGGCAUUCUGGCCAUAUAAAAUUAUUCAUGCGUUUUUCAUGUUUUGGACAUGAUAUACAAACACCGUAUCAAGUGGUACAGACAAAGGAUGAAGCAAUGUCAUAUUUGUUUAAAGGAUCAAAAGUUCCUGCACCAUUUAGGACUCCAGAAUAUGGUCAAGGUGGCCAAAAAGAUUUAUUACCAGUGGGUCCAUUAUUUAUCAAUGAAGACAGUUUUAAAAAACCAUCAAAUUACUCAUUAGAUUUAACUAAAAGUGAAAUUGAAUCAGAGUUAUGUGACAAAGACGACUGUAUAGCCGCGUACAAAUUUAAAGAACAUGGUAUCGGACCAUUGAGUAAAAAGAAAAAAGAAAUUAUUUCACCAUGUGGGGGUAAAACAUGUCCAUAUGCACACGAAAUUGAUGAUCCACCUUGCAUUGGUCAUCGAAAAUGUAAACUAUAUACUCCUCAACGUAAUAAAAUGCAACCAAACUUUUCUAAACUUUGUAAUCAUUCGGAUGAACAUGGAUUGAACGAUGAAAAUAAAAAACCGGCAACACCGCCUCCAGUAGAUCAAGCAUUAUUUAAGCCAUAUAUUAUAACACCCAGAAAAAAUUAUCAACGCUUUUCAUCACCUCGUAUUACUGAAAGAGCACAGUAUAAUGCCGUCAACCCAUACAGAAAUGAAUCUACUCACAGUGCGGAUAAAAAAUUUUCCAAAGUAAUCUCAGGAGAUACAAAAAGUUGUAACAGCCAUGCAUGUAAGACCAGGUGCAAUAUUCCAAAACGAAAUCCUUGUUGCCAUAAUGGACAUUUAUGUGCUGGAGGCGAUGAAAACGGAUGUUGCCAACAAAAAUGCACAGUUAAGACUCAAACUCCCGAAAAACCAGUAUGUGGUAAACAAAAAUGUAACAACAAACCAAAACCUUGCUUUUGUAAACCUCUUUGUCACGUUACACCAUGCAAAGGUACCGUACCACAUUCAAAUUGUGUGAAGACACCACUGUGUGGCAUGGCGCCUUGUGGAACAUCACCAUGCAGGACAUCGCCAUGCAGAACACCAGCUUUACCUUGUGGUACAAUGCCUUGUGGCAUACCACAAUGUGAAUGGAGUUUACCUCCUUGUAUUGAAACUUUUUGUGUAUCCCCAACGAUUUGUCCAGAUUGUGGUGGUUAUUCACGUUCUGGUAAAACAUGUAAGGAUUUAAAAAAAGAUUUGAAGACAGAAACUGAUGAUUAUAAUUUAAGAGUUGAGAAUUUGAAAUGUCUCUGUAAAUCUACACCAGAUCUGCGAUUUAGAAAGGAAUGUAGUAAAAUUGAAAGUUUUAAUAAUCAGAUUUCAACACAAACUGAACCAAAUCUAAUUCAAAAGAAUAGUAUUGUAAAAUUACAAGCUAAAACAUCGACCGAUUCUACAACGAAUGGUAGUAAAACUACGAAUACUUCAUCAAGCAAAACUACUUCUAGUAAUAAUAAAUACAAUACAACUACUAAAGUCAAAGAUAUUGCAUGUGAAAUGAAACCACCAUUUGAACGAUUAAAAAGUGGUGCAGAGUUACCAGCUGGAGAUUCGCAGAAUACUACCUACAAUAAUUUAAUUCGUGAUAUGAAACGACGAAAACGAGCUCUAGUUUAUGAUAUUGGUAAUAAUUAUCCUGGUAAUCGAAUUGGUCAUAAGACAUGCAUAUGUAAAAUACCUCAAUGUCCAAGUAAAAAGGGUUGGGAAUGGUCACCAGAGCCUGCAUUACCCCCUUUUAAGCCAAGAAAAGAAUAUAAGCCUGGAUUUAUACCAAAAGAUAUUCAGGAAUCAAUAAAUCUAGCAAGAGAAAUGCAUGGUUUACCCGUUAUAAAUCCAGUAGGCGCACCCAAAAAGAAAAGAAGAAGAGGUAAAUCUGGUAGUAGUAGAUUGACUACUGCUAUUGCAGAUGACGAAGACGAGGGCGAUGAUGAGUACGAAGUGGAAGAGAAAAACACACUAACGUUUCAACGUAAAGAUGGCACAUAUUACAUUAAAAUGAAUCCUUUACGUGAUCCAAAAACAGUUAAAGAUAAUGAGGAUCCAUACAUUCACUGUCCACCAAUCGAAUUCACAUAUACAAAAGAUCCAUUAAAGAAAUUGAUGCUAAGUGAAAACACAUGUGAUUGUUGUACAUGCGAAGAAGAUGAAAAUAGUGAAAAUGAUGAAUUAAAUAUUGAUUUUUCACCACCGAUGGGUAUUAUUGAGAUGGAACGAAUGAAAAAACAACCAAAUGUUGUUCAUUUUUGGACACAGUAUGACGAAUCGGAUGUCGGUGGAAUACGUUCUCCAAAGCAAGGAAGCAAGCGAAAAGGAAAAUAA